UAUUAUCCUCCUCCAAUUUUGAUAUUUUAUUUUCAUUGCCGUUUAUCCAAAGUACAUAUUAAUUAGGGAAACAAGUUACUUUUGAUGCAUGAAUAAUAAAUAUCAGAGGUCAGCAGAGAGGAGGAAGCUGAAUGAAUGGAACGCUGGACAUCUCUUAAUUGGUUAAAAGUUCUAGGUCCGCCGCGCGGCGGCCGCUGAAACAAGCGAUAUGGGGGAAAUUUUGUUCAAGAAGCAAAUCCAAGAUGGCGGAGUCUAUAGCAGUGCAAGCGUGUAAAAAGCGAGUGGACGACGCGGUGUCUGCAAUGGUGAAUCAGCUAGAUCAGGAAACAUUCCGGUCGAUGCAGAGAGAAAUGUACCUCAAAAGUGCCAAGUGCUGCGAAAACUCCACUGCAAGUAUGUCAGAGGUGCAGAGCUGCAUCGAGAAGUGCUCACAACCCCUGCAAGCAGCACAGAACUACAUGCAAUCCGAACUGAAUGAUUUUCUGGACAGGCUACAGCGCUGCGGCAUGCAGUGCCAGGAUAACAUCAAGGACCGUCUGGUGCCAUCGGCAACACCGGCGCAGGUGGACAAACUGAAGGCCGAGCUGGAGGACUGUGUCAUCAAGUGCGGAGAGAAGCACAUCAACCUCCUGGGGCCCAUGAAACAGCGGAUCCAGUCCAACAUGGCCCAGUUUCGCUGAUGCAGGAACAACUCCCCACCCCCGUAUUAAAAAAACUCUAGUAUAAACUUGAUCCAUGGAGCUCCAUGUUUGAACAGACAACUUCGGUGCCAUGCAGGAGGUGGUCUGGGAACCAGACGUGUAGCCUUGAUACCAGGACGGGUUCAUUUAGGCUGUGCAUUGUCAAGUCGUCUGUGGAAUGUCUUCCCAUGGUUCAACUGUUAAAAAAAUUUCCCUCUUGAUUCUGGUCGGCAGGAGAUUACUAGUGAAUUAAUGCAGCGCGUCAUCAAUAAUUUACUACCCACUGGAUGUGGUCAUUGGCACAAAAUUGUGAAUCCAUGCAUGGGAUGGGGGGAGGUGGCCAAAUUUUUAUAUUCUAAUCCUCACAAAAACGGACUAUGGACUCGUCAGGUCCUUUAGAAUGACUUGAGCACUGCAUUCACUUCUCAGGUAUUUAGGAGCCUGUGAUUUUACAUGUUGGGUGCAUCUAGCAUGUGACUUGUGGAUGUCUUAUUUUGAUAUUCAGACUGUUGAAACGGAUUUUGCUGCAUUAACAUUAUGCCAUUUCUCUGAAAUCUUAAGUCGUUUGAAUGUGAAGGGCAUUGUUUUACGUCCAGGUUUUAGUUGAAAUUUAAACAGGUAUUCAGUCAUCAGGGGAAACUCAUUUGACAAUAAGGGUCAAAUUUAUAGAGCACAAAUUUUAAAAAUCUUCUGCCACAGCGUUUGAUGAUAUGGGUAAGGGGUCACAUUUACCUGCAGUGUUUCUGUGGCGCUCCAAUUUUUUUUUAUUUGUGGAGGUGAGGGGAUAGCAUCCUUGAAGAUUGCGCGUAACACACUGGCUGAAUUCCAUCGAUUUGCAGGGUCCCAUUGUAACAAAAAGGGAACGAUUGUGAUUUGAAAACGGAGGCAUACUUUUUUUUUUCAAAUUAGAGUGCUGAAGUCGUCAUCACGUAGUUAUUUAUUGAACUUCUGAGAUUUUUAUUAAACCUUGACUUGUAAUGCAUCUGUCAAGGAGCUUGACUGUGUCGCAGUGCUUGAAACGCGCAAUACCUGUAUUAGUUCUUGUGCUCAAUACCUAUUUUUUGUAGGCUGCAGAAAUUCUAGCUCAGGGCAAAGUGUAAGUGUCAGCUACAGGAAUGUUUCCCAUCUAAUGGGUGUUACAUUCGACACAUGGGCGUCGCGACACGUUACUUGUGGAUGGGAUUAUUUUUGACAAAAACAGUUGAAAAUGCCCUGACUCUUGACAAGAAAAGCUACGUCCGCCUGCUUAAAAAUACAUCCAAAGUGCCACAAAUACCAAGCUCUUGAGCAACAUUUGUACAAUAUUUGUACAAUGUUUCAUUUUCAGAACCUCAGAGGCCAUAGAGCAAUACGUAUAUAUUUGCCACUACGACUGGCCGUGUACAGUAAUCACUCAAGUUCAACAGGUUGACCGCCUCCACAGUUUUCACAGUGUCUGUGUGCAUGCAAACAAGUGACGGACAGGACAUGCGUAAAGUUAGCAAUGACAGAAGAAGUAAUGGUGCAGGACUGAGAAAAUGAAGGCAAUGUGUUAUUAACUACAAUGCAACAUUUCUAUUUUGUAGAACUUUCCACAAUGUAGGCCAUGUACAUUGUAUUGUGUAAAUCAUAAUAAAAAUAGAAAAUAAAUACAUCACGAAUACAGACGAGGAAUGAA